CAUCUGCAGCGUAAAGUCGAUCGGGUUUCUGCUUAAUAUUUUUCUUUAAUUGUGUUUUUUGGAAGAAUAAAAUAAGAUUAAGAAAAAGAUUGAAAUUGAAAGAAAUACAAGAAGAGAGGAGAAUAAUAAUAAUAACAAUAGUAGUAUAACCAGUGCUUUUAAUUAGAGUUACGAUUAUAAAUAUAUAGUUUAUUAUUAUUUUUAUGAAAUUGAAAGUGAUAUAAAAGCAAUUAAGAAAUAUGUCUACUGCAAUUUUACACGCUGGAAGUUUUAUUCAUGACUUUAAUGAUAUCGUAAUAAAGAAUCAAAUAUCCAGUGCAAAAAUCAACGGAUCUAUUAACAAUCAGAACUACAAAGAGAAAUUUCAACGAGGAAAGGAGGAAAUGUAUUUUUCAAAGCAACAAAAUGACGCUUAUGUCGCAAGUUUAUUUGCAACGACUCAACAGAAGAGAACAAUAGACGUGGGCAAUCAUCAUGCAGUUUUGGCGAGAACGGUUUCAACACCCAUGACAGAUGUAAAUCAGGCAGCCGUCAAUAAUCUUUUCACCUCCCUCAACGAUAUUUUAAAUGCUACUGGUGCAGUUCAUCGAAAAUUGGAGCGAACACAAUCGGAACCGAUACCCCAAUCGACUUCAUCAUCGCAUACAUCACGUUAUAAGACGGAACUCUGUCGUCCUUUUGAGGAAGCCGGAGAAUGCAAAUAUGGUGAUAAGUGUCAAUUUGCACACGGAAUGCAUGAAUUGCGUAACUUGCAACGACAUCCAAAAUAUAAAACCGAAUUGUGCCGUACUUUCCAUAGUGUCGGAUUUUGUCCUUACGGUGCGAGAUGCCAUUUUAUUCACUCUUCUCAAGAAGCACUGAUCCAUAACAAAAACGUUGCUGCUUAUCAAGCACGUUUGCAACAAUCGCGUAUGAAAAGUUUGAGUAUGUCGACAGGUUCAGAUAGAGAAACAUCCUCAGUUGGUUCUUUGUCGCCAACGAUGACGAGCGUUCAGAAUCAAUCGGCUAAUUGCUUUAAUGAUCAUCAGUCGUCAAGUCCAACCAAUAUUUUUUCAUAUUCGUUUAGUCCAUCAAAUAGUCCGAUUUUAAGUGAAAUGUCAGCAUCUAUUUCACCACCGCCUCAGCAUCAAGCACCUCAAAUAUCUGGACCCGGACUAUUUGUUAAGCCUACAUUCAUUGAUCAAAAUGCUUCUCAGGUUAAUGUCAUGAAACAAAUUCCUGAAGAUCGACUACCAGUGUUUAAUCAAAUCAGUUCGGUUAUCGACUCUUUGAGUACAUUCAAGAUUUAAGCGAAAAUGAUGUAUAUGAAGUUAACAAAAGUAAAAAUACAAAGUUAACAUCUGUAUUUAUUGAAAAAAAAAAACAUCUAGACAUAAUCGACAUUCGCGUAAAUUUUAUUAUUUUGAUUUCUUACUAUUAUACCUCUCAUAGCACCAUAAAGAAGUACUCAAUCUAUGUUGCAUUUCAUGAUUCUUAUAAUGUAAACCUGCUAAAAAUGUUUGAAUCUUCAGUUGAAAAUAUAAAUAGAAUUACAUAUUUUUGAAACCUUCAUCAGCAGAAAGAAUGAAGGAUUAAUACGCACAGUUUUAAUAAGAAACAAAGAUAAAAUUCACAGAACUAAUUUAUACUUCACAAGUUUUAUAAUUUAUCAGAAAGAAGAAGAAAAAACGCUCGGCACAUGUUAUGCCAAUAUUCAGCGUGCGAUAUUGUUUGAUUGGUGAGAGGAAAAGACUCAUGUCUCAUUAACUUUACUGAAUGAUUUUUUUUUGUCUUAAGAGAAAUAACACAUAAAAGAUUUCGUGAUAUAAUGUAAAAGACGUUAAUAAUUAAUAAUUGAAAUGAUUCGAUAUAAAAGUCAGAGAUAGUCAGUUCUUCCAAACGAUUUCUUCCUUUAAUUUUAUGAAUAAACAUAAAGGUACAUUUAUAUAUUAUAUUAAAUUAUAUUACAAUGAUGAUGAUAAUUCACUCUACUUUGAUAAGGAAUUAUGCUUAUUUAUUAUUAUUAGUUGAUUUUUGGAUAUGAUUUUAAGGAUUAAGCAAUCUAUGAAAAAUGAAGAAGAGUUAAAUGCAUUUUUGAAAAGAAAGCGAGAAUAUGAGAAGGUUAAACCAAAUACCAAGAUUAAGUUGCCAUAUUAUUUCUUUUUUUGUUGAGUAAAAUACUAAACUGAAUAGCCUUUAUCUUACGCAUAUUGGACCUAAAGAAAGGGUGGUGGUGAAGAGAUAUUGUCUGUCAGAAAUGCAUUGACUUUACUUGAAAGUAAAAAGCUAGAAUUUAAAGCUCUAUUUCUUAUGUAAACUUAUUUAAUUUAAUUUUAUUCUUAUUUUUAUUAUAUCUUAUUAAAUAUUUAAAUCAUGUGAAAUACGGUUUGUCUUCCACUUCUAGAUCCCGUAAAAAGAUUUCCUUUUUAAUAGAUUUUGUUUUUUACAUACCUAAAUUAUAAUGAUAAUUAUACAAUAUUGUAUGAA